AUGUCUUCUUCUACUAAUAGUACAACUGUUUUCGUGUCUGGUGCUUCUGGAUAUAUUGCCCAAGAAAUUAUCAAACAAUUGAUUCAAAAGGGCUAUAAAGUUGUUGGUACCGUUAGAUCUAAUGAUAAAGGUGAUUCAUUAAAAGAAAAUUUAAAAGCUGCUGGUUUGCCAUCAGAAAACUUCUCCUAUGAAAUUGUUAAAGAUAUUGCUGUUAAGGGUGCAUUUGAUGAAGCAUUGAAAGCCCACCCAGAAGUUACUGUUUUCUUACAUACAGCAUCUCCAUUCCAUUUUAAUGUUAGUGACAUUGAAAAGGAAUUAUUACUUCCUGCUAUUGAAGGUACCAAGAAUGCUUUACAAGCUAUCAAGACAUAUGGACCACAAAUUAAACAUGUUGUUGUUACUUCUUCAUAUGUUGCAGUUGGUAGCUUUUUCGAACUUACUGAUCCUUCUCAAACUAUUACCGAAAAGGAUUGGAAUCCAAUAACUUAUGAAUCUGCUAAAGAACACCCAGGAAAGGGAUACUUUGGUUCUAAAACAUUUGCUGAAAGAGCCCUUUGGGAUUUUGUUGAAAAGGAAAAACCAAAUUUCACUGUAUCAACUGUUAAUCCUGCUUAUGUUUUUGGUCCUCAAGCUUUUGAAAUCAAAAAUAAAUCACAAUUGAAUACUUCUGUUGAGCUUAUCAACUCAGUUUUGAAAUUGGAUAAAGAUAACAACGAUUUUGAAAACCAAAGUGGAUAUUUCACCGAUGUCAGAGAUGUUGCCAAAGCACAUAUUGUUGGUUUUGAAAAUGAAAAAGCUUAUGGUGAAAGAUUACUUUUAAUUGAGGAUGGUUUUACUUUACAAACUAUAUUGAAUCAAGUCCGUAAAGAUUUCCCAAGUUUGGCUGAAAAACUCCCAGUUGGUAACCCUGAGAAUGCAGAUAAUUGGAAGAAAGUAUCACAUAAAAUUGAUAAUUCUAAGACUAGAGAAUUAUUAGGUUAUGACUUUAUUGAUUUUAAGAAAUCUGUUGAUGAUACUGUUGCUCAAAUUAUAGCUUAA